AUGGGUUCUAAUCAGCAGCCAUACCCCCGGGGCAUUCAUGUUCCUUGCUUGACAUGGUUUAAGGCAGACACCGCGCAAUCAAUCGAUUGGGAACUGCAAGAGCGACAUCUCGAAUUUCUCGUUAGUAGCGGGCUUCAUGGGAUUGUGAUAGCAGGUACCAAUGGUGAAGCUGCCACAUUGAAACCGGAGGAGAAAUCGCACCUAUUGCGCCUGACGCGUUCUACGGCGCAGAAACUGGGUCGAGCCGAUCUACCUGUUACUUGUGGCACUUUUGGAGGAUGCACACAGGCGAUUAUUGACGACACAAAAUUGGUGGCAGAGGCGGGAGCUGAUUAUGCUCUUGUUCUGGUGCCUUCGUACUUCCAUUUCGCAUUAGAUGCGGCUGCAAUUGUUGGAUUCUUCCAGGAAGUUGCAACCGCGUCUCCGAUUCCUAUCAUAAUCUACAACUUUCCUGGAGUGGCCGCAGGAUUGAAUGUCAAUUCAGAAAUGCUUGAGACCCUAGGAGAACAUCCAAACAUUGCCGCUGUGAAGCUUACUUGCGGAGCUAUUGCAUCGGUUGCGCGAACAGCCGCCAAAUUCGGCCGAGCGCUGGAAGGCAGAUCCUCAUUUGUUGCAUUGGCAGGCCAGAGUGACUGGCUAGUGCCUUGUUUGAGUGUUGGAGGUGCAGGAUCAGUUACAGGGUUGGCGAACUUGUAUCCUAAGACCCUCGUCGAGUUGUACAACCUGCACAAUGCCGGAAAGACUGCCGAGGCAGAAAAACUGCAGCUUCAAGUUGCUGUUAGCGAAUGGGGCUUUGCCAAAGGAGGCAUUAAUGGGACGAAAUGGGUUGUCGCGAAAAGUCUCGGGUACGCGGAAGAAAGUUCAUGGUGCCGCCGACCUUAUCCUCCAUUCCUUGAUGACGAGAAGCGGAUAUGGAUCACCAAGCAGGUCAAGUCGAUAGAAAUGAUAGAGAAUAGACUUUAA